CCCACUGCAGUGGGAUAAGAGGCUGCUCUCACAGUCACAAUGCUGCCGGGUCACAGAGGUGUUGGGCCCCAGGCCAGCCUCUGCUGGGAAGUUCCCUCUGGGAACAUCUGGUGGGUACUACAGGCCCUAUGGCCUGUGGAACCUCACUUCAAGGGGGAAGGCUGGGCCAGACAGAGUCAUCACCUGUGGUGUCGGCCCCAUGGAUGAGGUGGAGUGGAUACACAGACAUCCCAAGACUGAGGACCUAAGGGUUGGGCUCAUCAGCUGGGCAGGAACCUACCUCACCUUUGAGGCAUGCAAGAAUACAGUCACUGCAACCGCGAAGAGUUUGGGCAGAAGACAGACCUGGGAGAUCCUGGUGAGCAAUGAGCAUGAGACACAGGCCGUGGUACGACUAAAGAGUGUGCAGGGCCUCUACCUGCUGUGUGAGUGUGAUGGCACUGUGUGUUAUGGCCGCCCAAGGACCAGCCACCAUGGGUGCUUCCUGCUGCGUUUCCACCGGAACAGCAAGUGGACUCUCCAGUGCCUCAUCUCUGGUCGUUAUCUGGAGUCCAAUGGCAAGGAUGUGUUUUGCACUUCCCGGGUCCUCUCAGCUUACCACAUGUGGACCCCCCGACCAGCCCUCCAUGUCCACGUGAUCCUCUACAGCCCCAUCCACCGCUGCUAUGCCCGGGCCGACCCCACUAUGGGCCGUAUCUGGGUGGACGCAGCAGUUCCCUGCCUGGAGGAAUGUGGCUUCCUGUUGCAUUUCCGAGAUGGAUGCUACCACCUGGAGACCUCUACACACCACUUCUUGUCCCAUGUAGACCGGCUGUUCUCCCAACCCUCAUCACAGACAGCUUUUCACAUGCAAGUGCGGCCUGGAGGAUUUGUGGCACUGUGCGAUGGAGAAGGAGGCAUGUUAUAUCCACAGGGCACGCAUCUGCUCUUGGGCCUGGGCUGCAACCCUGUGAGGGGUGAGGAGUGGUUCAUCCUACAGCACUGCCCAGUCUGGGUCAGCCUCAGGUCAAAGACUCGGCGGUUCAUCUCAGUCGUCUACGAUGAUGAGGUGUGUGCCGCUUCUGAGCGCUUAACUCCAAUGUCCUUGUUCCAGUUUGAAUGUGACAGUGAGAGCUCCGCUGUGCAACUUCGUUCAGCCAAUGGCUACUACCUAGCCCAGAGGCGCCACAGGGCAGUGAUGGCUGAUGGGCACCCCCUGGAGUCUGACACCUUCUUCCAAAUGCACUGGAACUGUGGCAGGAUCAUCCUGCAGUCCUGCAGUGGGCGAUUCCUGGGCAUUGCAGCCAACGGUCUGCUGAUGGCCAAUUCCACCCUUCCAGGCCCAAAUGAGGAAUUUGGGAUUUUAUUUGCCAACCGCCCCUUUCUUGUAUUGCGAGGUCGUUAUGGUUAUGUGGGUUCCUCAUCAGGCCGUGACCUCAUACAGUGCAACCAGGAUCAGCCCGACCGCAUUCACCUACUACCCUGCCGACAGGGUAUCUACCACUUCCAGGCACAUGGAGGAUCCUUCUGGUCAAUAACACCCUUUGGCACCUUUCGUCCUUGGGGCAAGUUUGCCCUCAACUUCUGUAUAGAGCUUCAGGGGAGCAACUUACUCACUGUACUGGCCCCCAAUGGUUUCUACAUGCGAGCUGACCAAAGCGGCACGCUGUUGGCAGACAGCGAAGACAUUACCAAAGAGUGUAUCUGGGAAUUUUAGGUCAAUGGGAUGUCACCUACCAAAAUCCAAAUCCUCCAGGAAAAACGACUACACUAAACGGAACAGGAACCCCAGAGUCAAGAUCGAAGAGAAGAAUGUCUGUUACAACUUUUCCUACCCAGUUUAGCAAAACACCUGUUUUAUGCAACAAUACAUCACAACAGGCCACCCCCAA